AAGGAGUGGCUUUUGGCAGUCUAUCCAAUCCAAGACUGCCAUAAACUUGACAAACUACCCCCACAUUCUUCUUGAUCCUGGCUAUUUAACUGGAUGAAGUUAUUUUGUUAACUUUUAGCCAUUUUUUUAUUCUCUUAUCAACAACAAAUAGAAAAAAAAUACUUGACCGAACCACCCUCUUACCAAGAGUCUCCCAUCAUAAACCUCUACAUCUGUGAUCUUCCAGCGACCUGUCCUCACCAAAUCCCCAAGGAAGACUAAAAUAAGAAAUCAAGAGGAGGCCGCACCGCAAAAUGACAAGUGACUGUCGCCCUCAAAAGAGAUAAUAAUUAUCACACACUGCCCCUGUGUCUCAGUUGAGAGCCUCUCAAUCUUUACUAGACACAUUCACUUCAAUCAAUCUGAAGCUUUGAACGGGUGAAAUUAUUAUCUCUGAUUGACAGUGACCAUUUAACGCGAUGGGUUUGAACCUGAAUAAACACGGUGCGGCCAUGCAAAAGGCCUGGAAAGCCGUACUAGAUCCCAACGAUGACACGGAUUGGGCUCUGUUCGGCUAUGAGGGCAGUUCCUUUGACCUCAAGCUUAUGUCCUCCGGUGAAGAUGGUAUUGAGGAGAUGAAGGAAGACUUGAAUGCCAAUAAGAUCAUGUAUGCCUUCUGUCGGGUGGGACCUCGAACGUCCUUGGCCAAGUUCGUGUUCGUUCAUUGGCAGGGGGAAAGUGCCCCCGGGACCCGGAAAGGUCUGUGUGCCACUCACUUGAGAGAUAUUACCAAUUACUUCCACGGGGCUCAUGUCACGAUCAAUGCGCGGAAUGAUGAUGAAGUGGAUGUGGAUGAGAUCAUGGAGAAAGUGGCUAAAGCUUCCUCGACCUACAACUUCCGAGAGAAGCCCAUGGCAGCCACCAUGGAGGAUAUCCCGGCUCCCGUGGGUUCCAAUCAUCAGCGGAUCAUUCCCAGCGGGAAUUGCCCAAAUUGAGCGAACGAGAGCAGUUUUGGGAGAAGGAGAAAAUGGAAAGAAAAAGCCCGGGUUCAGGCUGAAAAGACCCGGAAGAUCUCUGAGCAGCAACAAAUCGACAAUGAAAGACGAGCCAGAGAGGAAGUGGACUCCAAGAAGCGGGAGCAAUUGGUCACGGAACGGGAGAGGAAGAUCUCGCAAAUCCGGGAAUCUGAGAAGAACCCUGGAGAAGGUCAUCGCUCGGAAGCCGAUCAAUGGCAAGCUCAACAAGAAAUGGAUCGUCAAGACGAACAAGCCCGACAGAAUCGGAGCAAUGAACUUAAGAAAGAGAGGAAUGACGAGGCCCGACGACUCAUCUCGCAAAGGUCAUCCGACGCCAAAUCCGUGUUUGAGCGUAAUUCAUCCGUGGGUCAACUCAACUUCAGACGUCAGACCAGUGCUAGUAAUGUGCCUCCAACGGUACCAGAACCCAAGGAAGAGCCUGCACCUCCUCCAUCAUCUGUUGUUACCCCCGGCCCUUGUCCACCCCCCGCUGCCGUUGCUGGCGGCGAUUUAUUCGUCCCUCCACCCGCCAGCUUUGGGAAUGAGGAACACGGUCUAACGGCGGCGGAAGAGGAGACCGCCAAACCCGAUAUCACGGAGCAAAAUGAAGCGGCUAAGCCUGACUUAAUCCAGGAUGUUCCUACCACUCCCAGUCCUCCAGAUGUGGCGGCCCAAUCCACAAAUGGGCAUGUUGUGAAGAGUCCAGGAGAUUUGGGAAUCUGUGCCAUAGCCUUGUAUGAUUAUGAGGCGUCGGAUGAGACGGAGAUCUCGUUCGAUCCCAAUGACGUGAUUACUAAUAUUGAAAAAAUUGACCCUGGAUGGUGGCAGGGUUGCGAUUCUCGCGGUCAAUUUGGACUCUUCCCAGCUAAUUAUGUGGAAGAAAUGGAUCCUAGCGAGAUUCAAAGUCUCCAAGGAUGAACGUACUUUGCAUUUCCUUUGAAACCACCAACCGAUCCGUGGGUUCUUGACCUUUCUAACCCGAAAAAAACCGGACCUAUUUCUACUUAAGUUCUCUUAAUUUUUAUUGACCUAGAUUAAUUUAUUGUACGAGUACGUUGAAUGUAGAAAAUAUAACCAUCGAUGUAGUGGGA